AUGGAGGCAGCCGACGCGUCGCCGCUGGAGGUGUCGCCGCGGGCCGGGAGCUGGCGGCGGUCGCGGCCGUGGAGCCGGAGCAGCAGCAUCGGGCGUAGCGGCAGCAGCAGCAUCGAGUACACGAGCCUCCGCGACGUGAUGGAGGAGGAGUGCGGCGGCGGCGACCACCACCACCACCUUCACAGCCCGUGGCGCGGCGGCGGGGGUAGCGGGUGGGGCGAGUACUCGUUCCACGACAUCCACGACUUCGACGCGUCCAACAUCGGGAUCCGGAACCAGCUGCUGAAGCACGCGGCGUCGGCGUACCUGCAGUCGGCCGUGGUGGUGGCGGCCGGGCGCGACGAGGGGUGCUGCCUGGCCCGGCUCUGGCGCCGCUGCGGCUUCGGCGGCGGCGGGCGGCGCGGGGGAGGAGGCCGGCGCGGGCGCGUGCUGAUGCGCGCGUGCUCGUGGCAGGGGUGCGUGGACGACCCCGCCGAGGUCUGCGCCGCGUUCGUGGCGCGCUCGGCCCGGCGCGUCGCCGCGUUCGUCGCCGGCCGCGUCAACGCCGUCUGGAACUCGUCGCCGAGAGCGGUUCCGGUGGUGUACCACCACGCCGACGACUAG